UGGUCAAGGGGCGGUCUAUGCCCCAACCAAUCACAGCCUGUUGCCAGGCAGUUUCCAAAGCCAACCAAUCACAGCCUGUUGCCAGGCAGUUUCAAAUCCAUCCAAUCACAGCCUGUUGCCAGGCAGUUUCCAAAGCCAUCCAAUCACAGCCUGUUGUCAGGCAGGCUCCGUUGCCAGGUGGGUUUCAAAGCCAUUCCUGAGUAACUGACGCUCGCUUGCCAGUGGCCACCUUGGCAUGGCCUUCUCAUUCCACCACAGUUUGACAUGUCAACAAGUGUCUCCACUGAUGUGGCAGCUUUUGCCCCUUGUAUUUGAAGUCUUUCAGCAAGAUGGCUUUGAUUACUUUACAGAUAUGAUGCCUCUUCUGCAUAAUUAUGUAACAGUUGAUACAGAUACUUUUCUGUCUGAUACCAAGUAUCUUGAAAUGAUAUACAGUAUGUAAAAGGUUCUUACAGGAGUUGCAGGAGAAGAUGCAGAGUGUCACGCAGCAAAAUUAUUAGAGGUCAUCAUUCUGCAGUGCAAAGGGCAUGGCAUUGACCAGUGCAUUCCCUUAUUCGUGGAAGCAGCUUUAGAGAGACUGACAAGAGAAGUUAAGACAAGUGAACUUAGAACAAUGUGUCUGCAAGUUGCAAUUGCAGCUUUAUAUUAUAACCCACACCUACUACUUAAUACUUUAGAAAAUCUUCGCUUCCCUAAUAAUGUUGAACCAGUUACAAAUCAUUUUAUUACACAGUGGCUUAAUGAUGUUGACUGUUUCUUGGGGCUCCAUGACCGAAAGAUGUGUGUUCUUGGCCUGUGUGCUCUUAUUGAUACGGAACAAAUACCACAGGUUUUAAAUCAGGUUUCUGGACAGAUUUUGCCAGCUUUUAUCCUUCUAUUUAAUGGAUUGAAAAGAGCAUAUGCCUGCCAUGCAGAACAUGAGAAUGACAGUGAUGAGGAUGAUGAAGCUGAAGAUGAUGAUGACACUGAGGAACUGGGGAGUGACAAGGAUGAUAUUGAUGAAGGUGGUCAAGAAUAUUUGGAGAUUCUGGCUAAGCAAGCAGGUGGAGAUGGAGAUGAUGAGGCCUGGGAAGAAGAUGAUGCUGAGGAAACUGCUCUAGAAGGCUAUUCCACAAUCAUUGAUGAUGAAGAUAACCCUGUUGAUGAGUAUCAGAUAUUUAAAGCUAUAUUUCAGACUAUUCAAAACUGUAAUCCUGUGUGGUAUCAGGCUCUGACUCAUGGUCUUAAUGAAGAACAAAGGAAACAGUUACAAGACAUAGCAACUCUGGCUGAUCAAAGAAGAGCAGCCCAUGAAUCCAAAAUGAUUGAGAAGCAUGGAAGGUACAAAUUCAGUGCUCCAGUUGUGCCAGGUUCUUUCAGUUUUGGAGGCCCGGCACCAGGGAUGAAUUGAAUUGUCAUUUUCUUUCCUGCCGUGUGAUUGUAGUGAAGAGCUUGUGUUCCUCCUAGUAGUGGUUCCAGAACUGGUUUAUGUUAUCUACUCUAAACUCAUUGAUCAAUAGAUGCACACAAAGCAAAACCCCAGGAGGUGGGACCUGAUCAUGCAACCUGGCACUGGAAAAGAAACCAGAGGGAUUCUUGGGGGGAGGGGAGUAAUGGGGGAGGUAGGACUGGUAUUUUCUUUAUUUUUGAAGAAAGUAAGAUCCUGACUCUGAAGCUUCAAGUGACACUGUGGAAAUCUGAAACAAGAGGGAAUGUCAUGAAGGCAGCUUUUCUUUUUCUGAGGAAAAAAUAAGCAUGGGCUACAGGACUAUUUAAAAUGUCUCAUUUACAGUAUAAAACUCAAAGGUAGAUGUAAUUUUUACACCUAUGACUAUUUGUCCGAUUUGUCUAUUCCUCACCAUUGAGUAUACUUUAUAUGUAAAUAAGAUAAGGUAAUCCGAUAGCCUUAUUCCAUCUUUAUCAUUUUCAUUCAUCAAAGAUUGUUCCUAUGUAGAUUAUUGGACAUUUAUUGUAGUACUACAUGACUGAUUUAAAGCUCUGUAAAUGAAUUAGCACUUUCAUAUUGAAACAAGCCUGCUAGCCUAUGUAUAAAAGCAAAAUGUUUGCUGUUUAUAAAAGGAAGGGGAUGUAAUGGGGUGGGGGGUAGGGGUAAUUUCAAGUUGUUAAUUUAAAAAUGAACUAGCAAUUUUGUACCUGUUGACUUUGUGGUACACUCACCUCUGAUAGGGACUUGAAUUCGGUAUGUAAAAAGGAGUUAGUGAUAUUUCAUUGCUGCUAAAAAUGGCAACUCCCUCUGUGUCCUGUUUUUUUCUUAAAGCUCUCAGU